AUGGUUGGUAGAAAUACACAAACCCUAAUCUGCGGACAAGGGUCGAGUCAAGGAUCGCAAGAAGAAGAUGUGAUAAGCCAAUUACCAGAUCAACUGAUAUCUGACAUUCUGUAUCAUCUUCACACGAAGGAAGUUGUCACAACAAGUCUUUUAUCCACGAGGUGGAGAAAUCUUUGGAAACUAGUUCCUGGAUUGGACUUAGACACGUGCAAAUUCCCUAAUUUCAAUGCCUUGGCAAGUUUCGCUCACAGGUUUUUUAGUUUCCACAUGGAGACAGAGAUAACAAGAUUAAGGUUAAGGAUUAGUGCUCGUGAUUAUCAUCAUCAUAAGUCUAAUGACGAAAAUUAUGUCCCACUCUGGAUCGAAGCUGCUUUAACUAGGCAUAGGACUCAACAUCUUGAUGUUUAUUUUGGAUAUUACUACCCGAGCAACAAAGUAGAGAUACCCUUGAGCGUGUUUACCUGUGAGAGACUAGUACACUUACGACUCUUUGGGGCUCACUUGUUUAACGCCGAGAGUGUUUCUUUACCUUGUCUCAAGAUCAUCCAUUUAGAAUAUGUUAGGGCUCCAAACGAGGCCACUUUGGAGAAACUUAUCUCAGGCUCUCCGGUUCUCGAAGAUUUAACCAUCAUCAGGUGUAAUGAUAGGUAUGCUGAUAAUGCAAAGGUUUUACAAGUUGGCUCUCAGACGGUAAAGAGAAUCGACAUUGAUCAGUUUGCGCAACUUGUGAUUAGUGAUGCUCCUCUACUCCAGUUUUUUAGGGUUAGGGUUUACCUUAAAGAGACCUUCAAGAUCAUCAUCAAUUCGGGUUUCUCUGCAAAAGUAGAUGUGGAUCUCAGCGCUGGUUGUGAAUUUAAUCCGUUAAUAUCGACUGUCGGCGAUCUCCUGACCGGUAUAUCGACUGUCGGCGGCGAUCUAGUUCUUAGUAGAGAUAUUUGCAAGGUCAUGUACCAAUACUCGAAAAUAGAACAACUGCCUCAAUUUGGUUUACUGUCAAGUCUGUGUGUUAGUCUCUUAGCAUCCGAUUUAACUUGGUUGCCGGAAAUUCUUGAGAACUGCCCGAAACUGAAAUCCCUUUUCUUGGUAUGGUAUGGUAACUCUGAGAUGGUGCCCGACGAUGAAAUGAGUGAGAUCAGUUUGCCACCUAUGAUCGAGUGUUUGUUAUCGUCGCUCGAGUUUGUUGAUAUCAAAACAAGGGUCUCGGGAGAUGAUACAGAAAUGAAACUAGUAUGGUACUUCUUAGUAAAUUCAUUAAUCCUCAAGAAACUCACGGUACGAUUGGAUUCUCAUCCAACAAAAGAUGACAUCUCCGAAGAGAUCCUCGGUUUCCCAAGACGCUCUAUCACAUGUGAAGUCAUCGUACUCUGA